CGACUGUAGCGCACAUCGCGACGCAUUCCCGGGUCUAAUAUAUCUGUGGGUGCUCGAGCCCCUCGGUUAGUCGUUGGUCAGUCGUAGACGCAAAGCGACGUGCUUAAGAGACAAAAAAUUCAGAUUCCCCAAAGCCAUUUGGGAAGCUCAAAAUGAUGAAAACUUCAGUGGACCAAAAGCGUCGCGUUUGCGUAAUAGGAGCUGGAACAGCGGGUCUGUGCGCCCUGAAGAACUCCCUGGAGGCGGGCCUAAAUGCGGUGGCCUAUGAACGGGGAACCGAAAUCGGGGGGACAUGGAUUUUCUCCGAAGAAAUGCCGAAGGAUGAGUACGACGAGGUACACAGCAGUAUGUACGAGGGCUUACGCACCAAUUUACCCAAGGAGGUCAUGGGCUAUCCGGACUACUCUUACCCCGAUGAAAUCGACGAAUCCUUCAUCACUUCCAAUCAGGUGCUGGAAUUUUUGCGCUCCUAUGCGGAACACUUUAAGCUGAAGCCUCACAUAAAGCUGCAGCACGAAGUGAUAAGAGUGCGUCCUCGCUUGGAUGACUGGGAGGUCUAUGUCUGGGACCACAACACGGAUACUUGCGACCCUGUCUACUACGACUUCGUGUACGUCUGUAACGGGCACUACACUGAGCCGGAUAUACCGAAUAUCGAGGGAAUAGACCUGUUCAAGGGCAAGAAGAUGCACAGCCACCUUUACCGCAAGGCAGAUAAGUUUAAGGACGAGAGUGUUCUGAUCAUUGGAGCUGGUCCCAGCGGAAUGGACAUCACCAACCAUGUUCGUGUGGCCGCCAAAACGGUGUACCUCAGCCACCACCUCCCCACCACUCCCAACACAGCUUUUAUGGGCAAUGUCACACAGAAGCCGGACGUGAAGCGGUUUACCAAGGAUGGAGCCGUCUUUACGGACGGUAGCACGGAGAGCUUCGACCAUGUAAUGUUCUGCACCGGUUACAAGUACACUUUCCCUUGUCUCAGUACCGAUGUGGGUAUCCAGGUGAUAGACAACUUCGUCCAGCCACUAUGGAAGCACUGCAUCAACAUCAAUCACCCGACUAUGGCGUUCGUGGGGCUGCCCUUUAAUGUGAUCCCAACUCACAUUUUCGACAUGCAAGUGCGCUUCACCCUUAAGUUUUUUACGGGUCAGAGGGAGUUCCCCUCGCGUGAGCAGAUGCUUGCUGAGCUCGAGCAGGAGAUUGGAGAGCGAUGGGGCUGCGGCGUCCACAACCAUAAAAAAGCACACCAGAUGGGUGAACGACAGUUUGUUUACUACAAUGAACUGGCCAGGAUCGCGGGCAUUGAGAAUAUCAAGCCAGUUAUUCAUAAGCUGAUGAAGGACUGCGGCAAAAAGUACAUCUUUGAACUGGACACGUACAGGAGCAACCGCUAUACAAUUGUGGACGAUGACAACUUUUUAAAGAAUGGAAAGGCUAUCGUGUGAUUUCACAGGUUAGACCCCAUACUAUUACCAUACCAUAUGUUAGGGGAUAGGAAUCGUUUCUUUAUGUGACCUAAGUUUUUACAUGACCUUUUGACACUAGGUUGAGGUCCAAUAUUCAAACUAAGGCGUUAGUUAUGUGUUAAACAUACUUGAUAAGUAUAUUCUAAUCAAAAUAAGAUUUUAAACGAUUAAACAAAACCUGUUUGUAACAUC